AUGUCGAGCAAAACUCGGGAUGUUCUUGAAGGCCUGGUUAAAGACAGUUCGUUGAAAUGGUUGCUUGGGAAGCAAAAUUCUAUCGAUGAAGAAAUCGAGGAGAUUGAGAAUUCUCCUUCUGCUGGAGCCAAUUGGAUACCUGAGCUUUCUCCAGUCGCAAAUGUGGUCAUUCGCAGGUGUUCAAAAAUACUCGGUGUUUCAGUAAGCGAUCUACAAGAUAGUUUCAAACGAGAGGCCUCAGAAUCUGUGAAGCAGCCUUCGAUGUUUCCAAGGAACUUUCUAGAGUACUGCUGUUUCAGGGCACUUGCGCUCUCCAUAGGAGUAACAGGUCAUCUAAGCGAUAAACAGUUUCGGCGUUUAACCUUUGACAUGAUGGUUGCUUGGGAGGUUCCUUCAGCUGCUAGCCAAGCAUUACUCAGUGUUGAUGAAGAUCCAACCGUCAGUUUAGAAGCCUUCUCUCGGAUUGCUCCAGCAGUUCCAAUCAUAGCUGAUGUGAUCAUAUGUGAAAACUUGUUUGGUGUGCUGACUUCUUCGUCUAAUGGUGUUCGGCUUCAUUUCUCUGUUUAUGACAAGUAUUUGUAUGCACUUGAAAGAGCAAUAAAGAAGAUGAAGAGUCAAUCUGAGUCAUCUCUGCUUUCUGGUGUUCGAUCAAAAGGAGAAAACAUUCUUGAGAUCGACGGGACCGUUACUACUCAACCAGUUCUUGAACAUAUUGGAAUAUCUGCAUGGCCAGGUCGCUUGAUUCUGACUGAUCAUUCCCUCUACUUUGAGGCUGUAAAGGUCGUCUCUUUCGACACACCAAAGCGUUAUAGCCUAUCUGAAGAUCUGAAACAAGUCAUUAAACCCGAGUUAACCGGUCCUUGGGGCACUCGGCUUUUCGAUAAGGCUGUCUCUUACAAAUCCAUUUCUCUACCAGAGCCAGUAGUAAUGGAGUUCCCUGAGCUCAAGGGCCACACCCGUCGAGACUACUGGCUGGCGAUAAUCUUGGAAGUGUUAUACGUUCACAAGUACAUAAAGAAGUUCAAGAUCACCACCACUGGUGUGGCGAAAGAUGAAGCUAUCUCGAAAGCAGUGCUAGGCAUUUUACGCGUGCAAGCCAUUCAAGAACUCGGUUUGACAAACCCAGUGCGUUACGAGAAUCUUCUCCCGUUCAGUCUCUGUGAUCAGCUUCCUGGUGGAGAUCAUAUUCUUGAGACGCUUGCAGAGAUGUCGAGCUCGAGAGUUCUUGACCGGACAAACAAAGCCAAAGAAGGGUCAUUGUACUCCAUCUCGGCCUCAGAUAUGGUUUCGCAGUUGGGUUUGGUGUUUGGAUCAAGUCCAAGGAGUAGUAGUAGUAGUAGUAGUCUUGUGGUAGGUGAAGUAGUGGUUGGAGAUGUGAAUCCAUUGGAAAGAGCGGUUAAGCAAUCAAGAAAGAACUAUGAGAAAGUGGUUCUUGCGCAAGAGACUGUUAAUGGAGUUAAAGUUGAUGGAAUCGACACCAACUUAGCAGUGAUGAAGGAACUGCUUCUUCCUGUAAUGGAAACUGGGAACUGGCUUUUGUCGUUAGCGUAUUGGGACGAUCCACUGAAGUCUUUUGUAUUCUGUCUCUUCUCCACUUUCAUCAUUUACAGGGGAUGGAUUGGCUAUGUUUCUGCGAUUGCGUCUCUCUUUUUAGCUGGUUUUAUAGUUCUCACAAGAUACUUCAGCAAUAGAGACAAAGCAAUGAUCGAGCUGAGAGUGAUUGCGCCGCCUCCUAUGAACACAAUGGAACAGCUUUUAGCUGUUCAAAACGCUAUUUCGCAGCUGGAACAGCAAGUCCAAGACGCAAACAUUGUUCUUCUAAAGUUCCGAGCUUUGUUACUCUCCCUUUUCCCACAGGCGACUGAGAAGUUUGCGGUUGGGAUUGUGAUUGCUGCGUUGAUGUUAGUAUUGUUGCCUUGGAACUUCUUCAUCUUGGUGGUGUUUCUUGAGCUGUUCACGAGAUACUCCCCGUUGCGUAGAGCAAGCACCGAGCGUCUGAUGCGGCGGCUUAAAGAGUGGUGGUUCAGCAUUCCGGCUGCUCCGGUGGUUCUUGAACAAAGCAAAGACGAUAGCAAGAAAACCAAGUGA